AUGGGCUUAAACAAGUUUAAAGCUUCAAAUGGAUGGUUAGAAAAAUUCAAGCAGAGGCAUGAAUUAAAAUUCCGAACAUUGUCAGGCGAAUCCGCAUCUGCUGAUCAUGCGAUAAUUUUGAAUUUUUUAUCAGAAUUAAAUAUCAAAGUUGAACAAUAUGGAAAGGAGAACAUUUUUAAUUGUGACGAAACUUCUCUUUUUAUCAAACUUACUUCACGUAAAUCAUUCGUGAAAACUGGUGAUUCGGCACGGGGCUUUAAAAGGAACGAACAGGAUUUGUUUAUAGAGUCUUUAUCCAAAUUAAAUUUGCGGCAAGUGGUAACAAUAAUCUCAGAUGCUUGGAAUAAUGUAUCUGCGGAUAUUAUUUAUAACUGCUGGCAAAAGGUUUUUCGACAAUCUCCAUCAGACUCGAGUUGCAUAAAUGAAUCAUCUGAAGAAAUAUUUAAUAAUGUUAUUGAUGAAUGUUUUAAUGAAAUAGAAGAUAAUGAUCCAAAUAUCUAUGAGAAUAUAAGCUGCGAACCAUCAAUAUCACAAAUUUUAAGUUUGAUGGAAAACUUAGAGACAAACAUCUUUGAUUUGAUUCCAGAUUCUCUUCAUGAUUUAUAUUUAAUUAACAACGAAAAUCGUUAA